AUGCCCAUCCCCAUCAUCACACAGGGGAUCACGGAGGGCAUCUCAUCCAUCCCCUAUGCCUACAGCAUUCUCAAGCUGAUACCAUGGAUUCUCGUCAUCGCCGCGUUGAAAUACUACUUCGGCGGAGCGCGAAACAGCUCCGAGAGACUGAUGCAUUCUAAAGUCGUGAUGGGCGGAACAUCCGGUAUAGGAGCCAGCGUCGUUCAGGAGCUGGCCACGCGCGGCGCCCAAGUCGUCCUUCUCACGCAACACGCCCCGUCCGAUAUCUUCCUCGUCGAAUACAUCGAUGACCUGCGUCGGACUACCGGUAACCAGCUCAUCUACGCCGAACAAGUCGACCUCUCGUCCCUCCACUCGAUUCGCACCUUCGCUACGAAAUGGAUCGACAAUGUCCCCGCCCGUCGACUCGACAUGGUCAUUCUCUGCGCGAACACGGCCAACCCCUCGUCUAGCUCUCGGAGAGAUACCCCCGACGGAUUGGACGAGGAAUGGCAGGUCAAUUACCUCGCCAACUACCACCUCCUGAGUAUCCUGAGUCCCGCGUUGCGCGCGCAGCCGGCCCAUCGCGACGUCCGGGUCAUCUUCACAACAUGUCCCAGCUACAUCGGAGCGACGAUUGAUUUGAAACAAACGGAUACAGCAGCGUUAUCGUCAGCCACCGGUGGAUCAACAAAGUCGAGCACUAAAUCCAACAAACCGAAGAAGACCCCCGCCCCCUCCAAGAAAACCAAAAAACCAAGCCUCUUCGCCGCCAGUAAACUCUCCCUCAUGGUCUUCGCCCACUCCUUCCAACAACACCUCAAUGCCUUCAAGCGCCCCGACGGCCAACCCCCUUGCACCCGCGUCAUGGUCGUCGACCCGGGAUUCAGCCGCACCCCGGGCAUGCGGCGCUGGCUGACCGGUGGCUCGCUGUUCGGACUCCUGGCAUACGUCAUCACGUGGCCGUUCUGGUGGCUGGUGCUCAAGUCGCCGCAGCAGGGCGCCCAGAGCAUCUUGUAUGCGGCCAUGGAGGCGCGAUACAGCCGAGGCGACGGCGGCUGGAUGAUCAAGGAAUGUCGGGAGGUGGAUUUCGCGCGCAACGAGGUGCGCGACGAGGAGGUUGGCAAGCAGCUGUGGGAGUUCAGCGAGAAGCAGAUCGAGGCGAAGGAGAAGGAGGCCGCAGUGAAACGGGCGUUGGAGCAGAAGGAGGCGGAACAGCAGGAGAGUGCGAAGAACGCGAAUGCCUCGGGGAAGGGGGAGAAAGAGCCUACUCCCGGGUCGAGGCGCAGUCGCAAGGCAAAG